AUGCGAGACAAACUAUCAGAUUCAUUUGUCACCGAGAAGGAUGCAGAUGCACUUCGUUCACAACUGACUGCAGUCGAGGAUUGGUUAUAUGAUGAAGGCGAAGACGCUGAGAAGCCGGUUUAUGAGCAGCGACUUGCCGAGCUCCGAAAACUUGGUGAUCCUAUAAUUGAACGCUAUAGAGAGUUUGAAGCAAGGAAGCCAGCAUUCGAAGCUUUUGAUAGGUCAAUCAUUCGUGUGCGUAAAGCGUACGAAGACUAUGUGGCUGGUGGUGAAGCACACGCUCACAUUGACAGUGCUGAUAUGGAGAAGGUGAUCAACGCAAUCGAAGAGAAUAAGCGAUGGAUUGAUGAUGCUCGCCAUAGGCAGGAAAGAAGGGCUAAAACUGAGCCGCCAAUCGUGUUUGCAAACGAGAUCGCCCAGAAACAACAAGCUUUUGAAGCCAUUGUAAUGCCAAUUCUCAACAAGAAGAAACCAGCUCCACCACCACAGAACAAGGAAACAAAGAACGAGGCAUCACCUUCACCGAAUAGAACCCCCGGAGAUAAUGCUGCACCACCGCAGCAAGCUGCAGACAACAUGGAAGGAGCAGGAUCAACGAGUUAUCCCAAUCUCAACUUCUCAAGUAACGUCUGCAGACCAAUCAGCAUGGUGGAAGAAAUCGAAGGAUCCAAAUCUUAUCAUGAUGUUAUUCUAACGGAGACUAUGAAACGAAAGGAAAUCCUUUUGGAUCUCAGCGCAACGAGGAACCCGGAGGCGAAUCGUAAGAAGUUCAAAGCAUGGAAAGAAAUACAAGAAAUCGUACUGGUGCAGUGUGAUAAAACGAUGACUAUUGCUCAGAUCAAAAGGGUAUGGAGAAGCAAGAAAGCUUCAAUGCGAGAUGUGCUGAGGAGACAAAAGUUAAGGCAAUUACUGGACGGUGGCUGCGAUCUUAGCUUGGAGAAUUCCAUAGUUGAGGUCUCACCUGCUCUUACGGAAGCUGAGAUCCAGUUAGCCCGUCGUUUGGUGCAAGAAGAUGUUAUGCGUGGCCAAAAUAAUACAGCAAUAUAUGACAAAGGAGGCGUUAGUGAUUCUUCUGAGUCAACUUUGGAAGACACGAGAAAAGGCUGGAAAGAUGAUGGGCAUGGAGGUAGUAGAAUGGAAGAAGACGGAGGGAGAGGGAGAAAGGAUCCGACUGUGAUGAAAGGACAUUCUUUCGUUAGUAAGAGAAAAAGGCGGAGGGAGGACUCCAGCGAUUUCUCGGAGUCAGCGUCGGAGGGCACAAGAGGGUGGAGGGGUGACCUGAGAGCGGAAAGAAGUGCGAGGGAAGAGGACGGUAGAAAGAAGAAGAAGGGUUCUUCGGGAAGAAAGCGGAGCGUAUGGGAUAGCGAUUCAUCGGAAUCGGUCAUGAAAAGCACGAAAAGAGGUCACAAGGAUGAUGGGUGGGCACGAAAACGUCGAAGGCGUGGAGACGAAAGGAGGGAGGAAGCCGAUUCUCGGGAGCUGAUUGAUAGGCAUGAACUACGACGUAUCCGUCGUAAACGGGUGCUGCAGCAACUCGAAGAUUUUGACACCGACUGCUCAUCUAGCGCUGAAAGUGUAUCUGAUAAGGCAAUCAUCGAGCUGCAGAUGAAAGUGCUGAGGGAGGAAGAAGAGCUCAUUGCAAAGAAAUCUCUUGCCCUCGACAUCUACGUGGAUGUUUUAAGAAAGCAGCAGGAAUUUUACACCUCCGUUCUUAAACGCUUCGAAGUUUCGACAGAGGAAAAGCCGUCAAAUCGCGAUCCUCAGCAACAGCAGACAUUGCAAUGUUGGAAUCUCGCUCCCUACUCGGCACUGCCACCGGACCUCAAAUCUACGGCAGCAUUCCUUUGAUAUAGUUUUGUGUUUAUUUGCGUUAUUGUUGACAAUUCAGGUUCACAAUAGAACAAAUUUCUUGCUAUCUCUAUCUUUUAUUCCAUUUUUUUCUCAAUCAAAUUUGGCGAAGCUAUUGUUGGCUGAGUGUCAUGCAUUUUAUAGCCGUUUCUUCGAAAUUUUUGGCUGCAUGGAACGAACGGGUUGUAUUCGGGAAAUCGUCACAAUUUUUAGAAUUUAGGAAGAGAAAAGGAAAAUAAGGAGGCAACAAAAAACAAGUCACAGCAGAAGGAGAAAUAUUUAUUCAGCGUCCAGCUAUUUUCGACUUCAAGCUUUGUGAAAGAAUAGGAAAAAUCUAGGACGAAUUAGUUUGAGAAAAUUUGGAAAGGUUAUUCGUUCUGAGACCUUAUUGCCACUUGAAUCGUAUUUCGUUGCUUUGUUUUCAAUGUUAUUUAACCCCAUUGUUGAUCUAUACAUUUUUAUCACUACCUUUUCUAUUGCUCUGAUCUACUGUGGAAUACAGUUUACAAUGAAGAUUUUCUGAA